CAUUACUUUUUUCUUUGAAAAGUUGCAAGGCUUUUCUGGGUUCUGGUUGCGAUGGAACCUCUGACCGGAAAGUUGUUCGUGGCUAACUUACCAAACGAGUUUACUGAAACUACCGUGAAAGAAUAUUUCACCAAGUAUGGCGAAGUAAAGGACUGUGCAAUUAUUGUACACAAAGUUACUCGUAACCCUAGAGGAUUUGGCUUUGUUUCCUUCACUGAGCCAUCGGUGGCUGAAAAAGUCAUGGGAGAAGGGCAUAUCAUCCUUGGUAGAAAGGUAGAUGUGAAGACAGCUUCACCUAACAGUACUGUGAAAAAACAAAAUCAAGAAGGCCAACAUGGUCAAUCAGAACCAUAUUAUAACUCUAAAAGGAUUUUUGUUGGAGGUUUACCACACAAUCUAACACAAGAGGAAUUCAAGAACUACUUUGAGAAGUUCGACACAGUUACAGAUACGGUUAUAAUAUGUUGCAAGGAAAGUGGCAAGUCCAGGGGCUUUGGCUUCAUCACUUUUGAAUCAGAGGAGGCCGUGGAUGAUGUUCUGCAGAACAAAUAUCAUGAACUGAAUGAUAAAUUCGUGGAGGUAAAGAGGGCACAACCAAUGGGUUCGAAGAAGAAUCCGGUCACGACACAUGACCGUAACCGAGUAGUAUUCGAUUAUGGAAGAAGGCCUCAUCGGUUUGCAAAUUCUGGAAAUUUUUACUAUAGUGGUGCUUACUGCAUUAGUUGUUUGUGUGCUUAUGAGUUUGGACACCUAGAAGGGUGUCGUACACUUGGUUAUCUUUUGCCUUAUGUAUGUCCAUAUGACCACCAAGUCUAUUCCUAGGGGCCGGAUGGAUUAAGUACUUGUAAUUUCAGACGCAUUCAGGUUUUGAUUAAUGAAUGUGACAUAUGGUAUUUGCUUAUGAUUUAUAUAGAAAACUGUGAUUCUAAUUCCAAACAGUUACCUUAAGACGCUUAGAAUUGCAAUUUCUCUUAUGUUUUAUAAAAUAAAAUAAAACUAUUGAAUGAUGACACUAAAUGAGUAUGAAUAGCAACCCUUUUUAUAUUUUAGAUUAUGUUUUUGUUCAGAAGUAGUUGUUUUGAAGUUUGAAAUUAUGUUGAAAUAGUAUUUUUGGUUUUAGGGUUUAUCAACUUGUGUUUAUUUAUUUAUUUAUUUAUUUUUUUUUUUGAGGUUGAAUAGGGUUUAUGAACUUUAGACAAAACAGUUGUCGAUUAAAAGUACAUUACUUGUAGACAAAAAAUUAUAACGGUAAAAGAUUUGACUUGUUGAUUAUUAUCUUUUAGAUUCAGAAUUACAGGUUUGUCACAUAAUAAUUUAUGAUUAUGUAGCAAAUUAUGUUUUAUUGUAAUGAUUAAAAACAAUUUCUUUGCAUUCUGAUUUCUUUUUUGUCUAAAUAUUUAAUUUACUAACGUUAUGAUUUAUAUAAAAGAAAAAAAAAAUUCUCCAAUUCCAGCCACCCGAAGUUUUUCACAG